AUGAUUGCCCAUAAAGGACGAGAAGGAAAGAGGGGCAAGUUAAAAAUGUCGAAAAAUAUAGAGCGUUUAUAUAAAGAAGUAAAAUGCCGUGAUUGUUCAGUGGUAGUGACGCGAAUGGACUUUGCGAAGAUCUUAGGGAAAUUUACCAAAGUGAAGAUACAAUAUGAAAGUAGUUCGUCACCGAAAAGCAAUAAAAACAUAGAUGCAUAUACACAUAAUGUAAACGCAAGACUAAAAAAUAAUGAAAAUGGUAUGGUCCUCAUUCGCAGAAAUGUCUAUAACCAGCAUCCAGCCAAAGAACCAUUUACGAAAAAAAAGCAUAAAAAUCAAGAUAUUUCAACAAAUAUCACGUCACCUACUAAAAAAACCUCCAAUAUUUUAAAGGAAAACAAUGUUUUGAAAAAAUCACUACCUAUUGAAAAAAGUACUAAUUAUAAUAAGAAACAAAUUACUAAUUCCACAUUAAAACAAUACGGUAUUAUAUUUAAUGACCCCAUUUGCAAUAACAAUAUUGAUCAUAUAGUUGAUCUUUCUUUAUUGGAACUACUACCAAACAUCAACAGAAGUAUAUUACCGUCAGAAGAAUGGUCCAUUGAUUACCUUCCGAAACCAGAUGAGCCAAAGGAUGACAAAGUUUAUGAUAGGAUAGCCGCUGAGCUUGAAGAUCUUAUGUAUAACGAGAAACCUGAAGCAAAGGCUGAAGUCAUAGAAAAUAAAGUGGACGAGUUCCCAUCUAUAAUGGAUAUUCUUAAUGAUAACUCAACGGAAACACUACCAGAAACAAAAGAAAGUAGCACUUUAGAUAACUUACAAUCAAGUGAUGUUGAAGCAAUGCUUCUCGGCAAAGUAAACAAUGACAAAAUAAUGGAAGUCGACAAUACAGAUAUUAAUAAAAUUAUUGAAGAUGUAACUCAGUUUAAUAGCGAAAACAAAGCAGUAGAAGAAGAAAAUGUAAUGGUUAACUCGCACAGUCCAUCACUAUUAGAUGAAGCUCUACAAAAAGGUAUAGAAGAACAUCUGCCUAAUAACAUUGACAGUAAAGACACAAGCAUGCUUGAUGUGACUUUAAAAGAGAAUGAUAAUUGUGAGAAUGAAAACAAACCUGAAAUUGAGACAAGUGUUAAGCAAGAAAAUGUAACUAACAGUAAUGAUGAACAAAGUACUGAAAAUUGUACGUCAGUAGGUCCCGAAAAUGGUUUAAAAGUAGCUCCUACACCAAAAUUCGAAGACGUCACACAUGUAGUAUUUAAAAAGGUUAUAGAUGGAAAAUGUCAGAAAUCUGUAACAUGCCUUAGAAAUUUAAAAUAUAGCAUAGAAUUUGAAGAGAAAUCUAUAGAAUUUUUAGGUGCUCCUAAAUAUAUUUCAAGCUUAGAAGACUUACAGGUACUCUUACAGAUUGUAAACGAGACCAGCCUACAGAGUUUAUAUGUUCUAUAUUAG